UGGAGGAGGAGGAGGAGGAGGAAGAGGCGCAGAUGGAGGCAGGAGCCUGAACUCCGCCGGGAUGAGUUCUCCGGGUUCCGGGAUGCUUUAACGCGCCGCCUGGAUCUGACGCACACCAACAAAACUGCGCCAGAAACCUUCCUGACUGCGCGCCAACAGAGAGAACCACCUGCGCUCCGGUUGGACCCCCGGUUCUGCGCAUUAAUCACCGCCGCAGUCGGACUUUUGGCGCUGUUUCUGACGGUACCGGUGCGGAAUGAGUGAAACCAGCGCAGUGGAAACUGAGAGACGUCGCUGCAGCGCCGGCGGGUUGUUUGGGACGGAUCCCGCUUCAGCGACUCCGAACUGAUCCUGAAUGAACGCAAACAUGUACGCUGGGAGGAAGCGCAGAAAACCGGCGCAAAGAGGAGUUAAACCCGUUUCCGCUGAGGGAACCAAAACCAACCCAUCCAAACGGCACCGGGACCGGCUGAACUCAGAACUGGACCGGCUGGCCAGCCUGCUGCCCUUCCCAGAGGAGGUCAUCUCCAGCCUGGACAAGCUGUCCAUCCUGAGGCUCAGCGUCAGCUACCUGCGCACCAAGAGCUUCUUCUCAGAGGCGCUGAAGCACCAACCUCCCAACGGCAUCAGCAAAAGCAGCGAUGGAAACGGCGGCGGCACGACGCCGGGAGCCGCUGAGGGCGCCAUAUCAGAGGGCGAGCUUCUGCUUCAGGCUCUGAACGGCUUCGUGUUGGUGGUCACGUCUGAAGGAAACAUCUUCUUCUGCUCUCACACCAUCCAGGACUACCUGGGCUUCCAUCAGACUGAUGUGAUGCACCAGAGUGUGUUUGAGCUGAUCCACACUGAAGACCAGCAGGAGUUCAAGAAGAACCUGCACUGGGCCCUGAACCCGCCGGUCAGCCUGGAGCCCCCCACCGACCCAGCAGGUGAAGAUCUGACGUCUUCCUGCCCGGUGAGCUACAACCCUGACCAGCUUCCACCGGAAAACUCCUCCUUCCUGGAGCGAGCGUUCGUCUGCCGCUUCCGCUGCCUGCUGGACAACUCCUCCGGCUUCCUGCCGCUGAGCAUCCAGGGCAGACUGAAGUUCCUCCACGGUCAGAGUCGGCAGAGUGGAGGCAGCCCUCCUCAGCUCGCCCUGUUCGCCGUGGCAACGCCGCUGCAGCCUCCGGCCAUCCUGGAGAUCCGGACCAAGAACAUGAUCUUCAGAACCAAACACAAACUCGACUUUACGCCGAUGGCCUGCGACGCAAAAGGGAAAAUCGUUCUGGGUUACACCGAGGCUGAGCUGAGAGUGCGAGGAUCCGGCUACCAGUUCAUCCACGCCGCUGACAUGAUGUACUGCGCUGAAAACCACAUUAGAAUGAUAAAGACGGGUGAGAGCGGGCUGACCGUCUUCAGGCUGCUCACCAAAGACAACCGAUGGAAGUGGGUCCAGGCCAACGCCCGACUCGUCUACAAAAACGGGAAGCAGGACUACAUCAUCGCCACCCAGAGGCCUUUGGCGGAGGAGGAAGGAGGAGAACACCUGAGGAAGCGAUCUAUGCACCUUCCCUUCACCUUUGCCACCGGAGAGGCUCUCCUGUACCAAACCAGCCACCCGCUGCACGGAUUCCCUGAUUCCUCCCACGGCAAAGCCAGAGGCAGCAAGUCCAAGAAGGGCAAAGUGGACAAGAGUUCCUCGGAUGAACUGAAGCCCAACUCACUGCUGGGGGCGCUGAUGAGUCAGGAUGAGUCUGUGUACGUCUGCCAGCCGGAUGCAGAGUCUCGAAAGUUGUACCAUGGCAGCAGGCCUGCUGAGUCCGAUAACUUGUUGAACAGCACCUCCUGGAAUAUUGUCUCCAACCGGGAGACGGGGACAUGCAACGGAGACGACUUUGACCCUCUUCUGUCAACGCUGGACUCUUUGUCACUGGAUGGAGGGGAAACUUGCUCUAACAGUGAGCUGUUCAGUGCUCUGGAGAGUCUGGGCCUAAACGCAGACGACCUGGAGCUGCUCCUGCUGGAUGAGCGGAUGAUGCAGGUGGAGCUGGAUCCCAACCGCGUUCCCACUCUGACCGACCUUCUCACCAAUAACGAGAUCCUCACUUACGUCCACGACACUCUGCAGAGUGAGCUGGAGAACGGAGUCCCGUCUUCAGACCCUGACUCCGCCCCCCAGCAGCCAUGUUUGAUGCCUGAAGCCUCUUUGGACCCCCCCGCCUUCAGGCAGCCCAUCGUCCAGCUGUCGCAGCAGAUGCAGCAGCACAUCCAGGCUGCCUCGCAUCCAGCUGGUUUAUCUGACAGUCUCUGGGUGGACCACCAUCUUCAGACUCCACUAACUGGUCCACAGCUGGACGCUGAGCAUCUACACCCACAUCUAGAGUCACCAUGGCAACUGCAGAUAAACACUGAGAGCACAGCCUCAUCAAGCUUCCAGAACGGAUCUUACAUUCCAAACCAGAGCACGACUUUCCCCUUGAACCUGAACACUAGCGUCCCAGGUUACUCUUUAGAUGCACGCACCACUCUGCUGAACGGCGAGGCAACGCUGGAUGUUCAUCAGCAUCUGGAUGGGAUGACCACAGCGGCCACGCCCGCACAUCUGGGUCAGCAGAAACAGAACCCAGCUUCCUGUGUGUCCCACGGAGCGGCACAUCUGGGUCAGCAGCGGCUCAGCCUGCCAAACCUGAGCUGCAGCGUGUUCGACCCCACAGCAGACGGGAAGGUGGAGAACGGCUGCCUCCUCAGCGCCCCCAGUGUAGGGUACGUCCGGACGUGUCUAAUUCCUGGAAGAAACGCAGUGGAGGCUGUGACGGGCCCUGACGAAGUCUCCGACUUACAGGAUCCCCAGAAGUCUGGAUUCUUCCUCUGACCGGACAAAGCAGGGCAGAGGUGGGACAGAUGUCAGCGUUUUAGGGAAAGACCAGGAACUUUGGACCAGAUCAUUUUCACAACCAUUGUUCUGAUGUCUCAUCUCAACAGAAAACCUUUUUCACUGAAUCUGUCCUGCUCAUUGAAGCAGGGCUGGAUUCUCCAGCCUGGACGUCCUGAGUGGAGGACGUCCUUAUUCAGACGUCCUUAUUCAGACGUCCUUAUUCAGACGUCCUCCACUCAGAGGAACUGCUGGGAAGGUUUGAGGUUCUCUCUCCUCAUUACUGCUGCUUCUACUCCACCUUUUAAGAUUAAUAUCCUCUUAUGCAAACAGAUGUUAGUUUAAUAUGAGCGCAGUCUGAGAUAAUCUGCAAAGCUCAGAGUCAAAGAGCAUUUAAAUCGUCUAAACAAGAAGCUUUAGUCAAGAGUUUAAUGUCGUCACGUGGUGCAAACACGGGCAGGAGAUAAACGGCAGCAACUUUAUGGUCUAUCAGAAGAAAACCAGACCACUGUUGGAGAUUUUAAAUCAAUCUGCAGUAUUUUAAAUGAAAGUAUAUUUAGUGCUUUGAAGGACAUUAUUUGUGGUGCUGGGUGGUUAAAUUAAGAAGAGAUUUAAGCAGAAGACUAAUGAGAUCACUUAGAUGUUCUGUAGAGACGCAGUCAGAGACGACUGGAUUGGUUGGAGAAAAUUGAAAAGCAUUUUUUGUUUGAUUUCCAAACUGGAGGCGUGGGCGGAGCUCCAGUUAAUGCCUUGUCCUGGAAACAAACACCUGUCGAGUGGAAGAAAACCCAACUGCACUCACAGCCUCGGCAGACAUGAGGACCUAACUGUAAAUACGUUUUUUGCUUUGUUUGUUUUCAUGAGUUUUGAAUUUACAACACUUAAAACACUGACCGUGUCUACUGGUUCUGUUCAGUAAGAAAGUAAUUACACCCGCUUUUAACUUUAGGGUAUGUUGAUUGAGGUUUGAGGGUCCUACCACAGCACUGGGUGAGGUGUAGACUUUAACUAGGCCAUUUUAACACCUUGAUUCUUUCCUUUUUCAGCUGUUCUGUUGUAGAUUAGCACCUCUCUUUGGGUUCACUGUUGGUUGCUGACCCAGUUUGGUCAGCAUUGGACAGACGUCCUCACAUUUGACUUUGGAAAAGCAUAUCCUGAAAACUAAAACAGGGUGCACUUUCUUUUUGAAUUGACUGUAUGUAAAACCAAGAUGUUUCUGUGUUUCAUUCUGGUGCUACUUUCUCAGCGGUUAAAGCUGGAGGCUCAAACCAAAUCCUGAACCAAGACAACGCCACCAGAGCUCCUCCUCUCUUAAGUAAAGAGUCUCUGUUGGUUACCGUUUCCAAUCCAAGUGAAUCUGAAGGUACCAAACAGCCAGAAGGAGGCGGUUCACACCUGGGGUUCAACUAGGUCACCACUUGACUCCCAAGUUGCUUCUGGUCAUCAGAUCUUAAUGUCCGGUCAAAUAUGCAGAUCUGCAACAUUUACUGGUCUGAAAGAUGUGCAAACCAUCUGCACCUUUUAUGCUGGAAGUUUCUGGGAUGUGCCUUGGUUAAGAUCAGAGCUUUAGACAUUUCCAAAAGAUAACAUUAGCAUUAAACCAGUCUGGACCGGUCUGAGUCAGUCUGGACGUUGACCAGGAGGAACACCAAACCUUGUCCAGGUCUUGAUUUGAAGAGUACUGAAAGAAUUUAGUGGUUCAUAAGUUUCAGUCUAGAUGGUUCCCAUAUCCAAUCCAACUUCCUCUGAACAAACCUCUUAUUGUGACCAAACAGUUGAAUCGUUUCCCUUGUUUGACCUUAGACCUUUGUCUGGAUGGCUUCUUGCAGCAGGAACUCCAUCUUGGUUGACAUCCUUUCAGUCCAACUCUGUAGUGUGUUUCUACAGAUUUGGUUCACAAUCCUCUGAAACCCUUUUCCAUUACACAACUCUGAAAAAUUGCGUAGCAGCAAUAUUACCAACACCCUAUUUGCCCCUUGUUUGCUGUUGUGCUUUUUGCUUUUGUCUUCAGUUGGACUGGACCACAGGUGACAUCAUACCUGACAAACCAGGUAUUACCGGUGACCAACUGGAACCAGGUUUGGCAUUCAGGAACUGGUGGUUCAAAAUCACUUUCAGGAACCAGAAUGGACUCAGAAUCACAUUGGUGGAUAAAAACUUGGUGUUCCAGCGGAAAACGUCUUUGCUGCCACCAACGUUCCUCCUUUCAUCGGACGGGACAGUUUGGAACUGGUUUCAGAUCUUUGGACCGGAACAACUUGUAAUUAUUUGGGUUCAAACUACCAUUCAGACCCUUUGACUGACAGUAGCUCCAGGUGUGAACAGCCUAACGCUGCAGAAGAACUGCUGCCAUGUUUCCUUCCUCCCACUGUGACAGACCAGACACGCUGCUCCAAAGGAACCGCAGAGACCGUUACCCGGCCGUCUUCUUUCUGUACCGAGACGGGUCGGCGUUUAGCAUUUAGCACCACUUCAGAAACCAAAACUCAGUCAGGAACUGAACAGGGAGUAGAUCCGGUGUUGAAUGUUCUCAGAGUUUUUAUCUAACAGGAAGUAGGUUCUUCAGGUCAACCAGCAGACGACAAUCAAUACGACAACAAAAGGCAUUUACUGAUCUGCCUCGUUUGGUUUUAUUGUUUUUAUACUUUAGUCAUUUUUCUUAUAAAGCAGAUUAUUUAAGAGCACUUAUGAGAUCAAAUGCUGUAUGAAGACAAAUUAUAAAGCAAAGCAUCGUUUUCAAAGAAGCUAAAACAGUAUGGUGUGUGUGUGUGUGUGUGUGUGUGUGUGUGUGUGUGUGUUACGUGUUUGGAAAGGUGUUUACGAUCACUGUGCUUACAAACUCUGCCCAGCACUGAAGGGACUAAAAAAGCAUUUUAUUAUGUAGAAAUAUUGUUAGUGUUCUGGUUUUAUGUUUUGGGGAGUUUGUCACUUUAGCUGAAACAAAAUGGUGCCAUAAGACUGAGCUGAAGCUCACGAUUCAGUGUUUCACAAUAAAAAGGGCACAAGAGCAUUUUCUGUGUUGAAAUGUGUUUUCUGAUGUUGUUCAAACCCACUUUGUCCGGCUGUUAAUGAAACCAAACUUUCCUCACGCCGUUUUGUCCAUGUUAGCUCAUUUAUUUUGCGACUUUUCUUCACUCAAGCUCGUAGUUGUUUGUCAGACUUUUGUGAAAAAGAAAAAAAUAAUGCAGUUUUUCUCUGAGAUGCUGGAAAUAAAGGAUUUUGUUCAAC